UUAUAGGUACAUCUAGUAAUACUAGUAUCAAUAUUCAUACUAUAUAUAUAUAUAUAUAUAUAUCCGAUCCUUAUAUGUAUCUCUCCACUUAUUUAUUACACACCCAUAAGAAUCACGUCCCUUGAUCUUCACCCCUACUUAUUUAGCCAUUCUUUGAUUUCACCGCUCUCAACGCACCCAAACUUGCACCAAACCCUCUCUUCACCGACUCACUAACUAAUACCCCGACCAGAGUUUCCUACCUAUUUCAUUCCGCGGAACAAUAAAGGCACCGCCUUCGAUCUGUUUCAAGUUAGAUCAUUGUAGUACGUACGUUCUCGGAGCUUUGGCGCUAUGGGGAAUUGUCAGGCUGCAGAAGCGGCGACGGUCGUUAUUCAACACCCCGGCAACAAGAUCGAGAGAGUUUACUGGUCGGUUAGCGCUCAUGAGGUCAUGACUUCCAACCCCGGACACUACGUCGCGCUCCUGGUCACCUCCCCCACCGCCAAGUCCGACAACGGUACGCCUUUGAAGCAGCUCAAGCUUCUCCGACCGGACGACACCUUGCUCAUCGGACACGUUUACCGUUUGAUUAGCUUCGAAGAUGUGUUGAAGGAGUUUGCUGCGAAGAAGUGCGUGAAACUGGGCAAGUUGCUCGAGAGAGGAGGUUUUGGGGUUGAAACAAUGAGGAAGGAGUCGGGUGGUUCGGAUCCGAAAUCGAAAUUCGAUAACUCCAGUUCUGUUAAGAUGGAGCAGCAGGAGCUUCACCGCCUGGGAAGCAACGGUGGCAGUGACAGCAGCAGCAUGAGAGGCGUGGGUAGGCUUUAUGGUGGUGGGGGGCAGUGGAGGCCAGCCUUGCACAGCAUCGCUGAGGUUGGAACUUGAACGCACUACCCAUCCAUGGGGGCCCCCUCACUUUCAUUCCCUCUUCCACCAAAAAAAACCAAUAUUUAUCAUUUCUCUCUUUUUCCAGUACGGUUAUAUAUAUCUAAAUUCCGUAUCUUUGGUUUAAGGCACUUGUUAUCCCUUACCAGUAGGCCUAGCUAGCUAGAGCUAGCUAGGAUUUUGUGUUAGAUUUAGUAGCCCAGAAAGUUGGACUUCUGCGCUGUAGUAUUAAUAUAUACUCGAUCGAUCCUAUGUAUGAAGAUUAGCUUAA